AUGUUUAACGAAAGCCAAGUUACUCAAUUGAUCGAGACAUUUCAAUACGAAGUACAGCAAUUAGAGCAAUCAUUAGUCUCUUAUAAACAAGCUCGAGACAUCAAUGUCUUACAUCAAGAGAUUGUUAAUGCCACGAUACGACAUGAUUUUUACAAUGGAAGCGAGUAUACUUUAGUCGCUUUUGGCUUCAGUUUACCUGCCACGAAUGAGAAGAAUGUUUUGUAUCGUGAUAUGAAAUUAGUAGUUCCUUUUCAUUUGAUUCUUCGUUUAAUGAUACGAUUUCAAGAAAGUCAAUUACUUCUACCACAAGAAUCUCGACAGCUUCUUAAUUCUGCACAAAAUCCAUUCUUGAUGGAAAUAGUGUUUGAGACGUCUUUGAAUGGAAGCCACCAGAGCAUACUUGAGAAGACGUAG